AUGGCUGGAGAGAAACCGGAAAAAGAAGGUGUAGAUGCUAGGUUUGCUGGGAUCUACAGCGAUCCUAAAUUUAAGAACGCGAAAACUAAAGACCAUAAAAUCAAGCUAGAUUCUAGGUUCAGCAAGAAGGAUCUAGAAGUACAGCAUAAAUCUAAAGUUGAUAAAUAUGGUAGAAAAAUCAGAGAUGCGCGGAAUAACAGGGAAUUGGAAGAUUUCGAUAAGUAUUUCGAAAAGGAAGCUGGAAAUGAUGAAAAUACAGAGGCUAAUGCGAAAACAGCAGUUGACCGUGCUCGAGGCGAAAUUCCUGAUGAUUAUGUUAGCUCUUCUGAUGAAUUUACGUCUUCGGAUUCUGAAUCUUCUGGAGAGAGUGAAGUUGAAAGUGAAGAAGAAAGUGAAGUAGUAAUUGAAAAUUCCAAACCAGAAUCUGGUGACGUCUCCAAGACUUUGGCCGUUGUGAAUUUGGAUUGGGACCAUGUUAAAUCUGAGGAUUUAAUGAUUACCUUUUCCAGUUUUGUUCCUAAAGGUGGUAAAAUUGAAAGAGUUGCUAUUUAUCCAAGUGAAUUUGGUAAAGAAAGAAUGCAACGUGAAGAAGUUGAAGGCCCUCCAAAAGAACUUUUCCAGAAAAAAAAUAAGAACAAAGUUUCGAAGAAGAAGAAAAUCGAUGACUCUGAUUCUGAUAUGGACAUCGGUAUUAACGACCUGUAUGAAGAAGGUGAUGCUGAUAAAGACGUGGAUUCAAGAGCUUUACGUCAAUACCAGUUGGAUAGAUUGAGAUACUACUACGCAAUAGUUUACUGUAGUGAUGUUACUACCUCCAAGGCUGUUUAUGAUAACUGUGAUGGUACUGAAUAUGAAUCAACUGCUAAUAUGUUCGAUUUAAGAUAUGUUCCCGAUGGUAUGGCCUUUGAUGAUGAAGUAAGAGAUGAAUGUAGCAUACUACCUAAGAACUAUAGACCACACCAGUUCAGCACAGAUGCUCUACAACAUUCGAGUGUCAAAUUGACUUGGGACGAAACCCCAGCUGAUAGAGUCGAAGUUGCUAAGAGGGCCUUUACCCAAAAGGAAAUUGACGAUAUGGAUUUCAAGGCUUAUUUGGCGUCAGAUAGUGAUGAAUCGGAUGAGCAAGGCGAUGAAGAAGCGAAAAGUAAAUUAAAGUCGUUGGUUGGUGACUUUGGUAUUAAUUCCAAGAAGGAAACCCCUAACGAUGGAGAUGAAGAGGUUGAUAUGGAAAUUACAUUUACUCCAGCUUUGGAAGGAAGAGAUGAGAAACCGUCUGAAGGCCAAGAAGAAACAACGAUAGAGAAAAUAAGAAGAAAAGAAAAGGAACGUCGUAAGGCAAGAAAGCAGAAAGUAAAGGAAUUGAAGCAGCAGUCUGAAAAGGAUAAGAAAAGUAAGUUAAAAUCUCUUAACAAAAGGCACGCUUCCGGUGGAGAGGAGAUCAAAAACAAUGCCAAAUCAAAGGCUGAACUGGAGCUUUUAAUGGAUGAUGAUGAUGAUGAUAUUGAAGCACAGGGUACAAUAAAUAACAAAGCACAUUUCAACAUGAACGAAAUCUUAAGAUCAGAAAAAGAAAAACACAAGAAAGGUAGGUAUCAAAAGAAAGAGAGGAUUGUUGAAGAUACUUUCACACCUGAUUUAGAAGAUCCUAGAUUCAAAGAAGUCUUCGAAGAUCAUGAUUUUGCUAUCGAUCCGACUCAGCCUGAAUUCAAAAGUACACAAGCUAUGAGUAAGAUUUUAAGAGAACGUAGCAAACGUGCUAAAAAUAAGAAGAGAAAGCAUAGUGGUAGUGAAAACGAUAUGAUCAAAAACGGAGGUGAUAAUGCAGAUAUUGGUAACUUGGUAAACAAGUUGAAAAAGAAAAGUAAAUCAUCCAAGAAGGUGAAGGUUUAA